AACCCUUUUUCCCUCACUUUUGUUUGGGUGUAAUAAUCUAAACCAGUUUUCGAAUAAAAACCGGGGUGGUUAAGUCCAAACCGAUUUGAUUGAAAUUCACAGUGGCGCGCUUUAGCCUUCGUAAUCGGAAACUCUAGUACCAGUCGCUCGAUUUUCAAAUUAGCAUCAGUGGAGCGGAAAUGGAAGACGACGGUGGAGAGAGAUCGAGCUUCGUCGCUGGACUAAUCGAGAACAGAGCCAAAGAGGUUGGAAUGGCUGCGUUUGAUUUAAGAUCCGCUUCACUGCAUCUAUCUCAGUAUAUAGAGACGAGCAGCUCGUAUCAAAACACGAAGACGCUGCUGCGUUUCUAUGAUCCUUGUGUGAUUAUUGUUCCUCCCAACAAACUUGCCGCCGAUGGCAUGGUUGGGGUUUCAGAAUUGGUGGAUAGAUGUUACAGCACCGUCAGGAAGGUUGUGUUUGCUCGUGGCUGUUUCGAUGACACCAAGGGUGCCGUGCUAAUACAAAACUUGGCUGCAGAGGAACCUUUGGCUCUUGGUUUAGACACUUACUAUAAGCAGCAUUAUCUAUCACUAGAACUUGACCCGCACGCCCGUGUAUAAAAUAUUAUUUAAAUGUUUAUUAGUUAAUAUUUUAAUAUUUAUCAUAUUUUAAAAUUUUUGUAAACAUCAUAGUGAAAUAGUUUACAUGUUGGAAAGAAAUAUUGAUUCAU